AUGUCGGAUGCGUUGAAUAUUCAUGACCAACUAAAGUUCAAGUCGAAAAUAUCAUUUACAUCGGAAAGCUGUCUUAACUAUAUUCGAAGGCAGCAUUCAAAUGAAGUUAUUCUAACUUUAAUAAUUCCUGUCGAAAUAUUAGUCAAGUGGAAUAAAAUUAUAAAGAGCAAAAAGUUGUCUGUAUCGUUUGUGGAUUUAUUGUACAUUUCACAAGGUUUACCAGGUUGUUGCCUAAAGCCAGAAGCUACAGAUCGAAUUGAGCGCCGUUUAAAAGAAUUAUGUAGCGUUGCUUCGAAAUCAUGUGUGGGAAUCUCUGGGAAUAAUAGGGUAAAAAAACUUAAACAAGUCAAGAAAUUGGCUAUACAUCGCCACGAAGUAGAAGAUCCAAACGAGCUCCCACGCAGAAUCGCCAGCCUCGAAGAAGAGAAAGCCAAGCUACAAGAACAAGUAGACAGUCUUGAAGCAAAGUGUGAAAGUCUUGUUGAAGAAGUCCUUGAAUUUACACAGGAUAGACGACGUAUAACCGAGCUUGAGCAAUCAGUGGAAAAUGUAAAUGAUGAAAAUGAGGCAUUGCAGGCAUAUAUACAAACCCUUCUGGAAAGAGACUGUUGCAAACACUGUGAUUCCACUAAUGCGAACAAAGGGCUUACGUAUGAUAGUGUCAGUAAAACCCAAAAGCAAAGGAAACUAAAAGAGUUAAAAACAAAUGCGGAAAAAUCUCUCUGGUUUCUGGAAACCUUUGGAUUAAAGCUAGAUAGUCUCUCCCUUAUUGCCUUGGAUGGAGAAAAGGUGAACUUACAGUAUAAUGGUUCACAAAAGUCAGCAUACCAAUUCCUUUCAGAUGAAGAUAAAGAUAGAGUGAAGAGUGUAGUGUACAUUAUGGACAAAUUUUGUGUUAGUGAUGCUGCAUAUCAUGAGUUUUCCAUGAUUGACCAAGAAGGACUAGUGCGAAGCUAUUUGAUAAAGCAAUGCAAACAUGCCCUGAAUAAACUGUACACCAUCACAAGAACACCCGGGGAAUGGCCUGGUGCACAGCUGAGUUUUACUGCAGAACUUAAACACCAGAUUUCAAAACAGGUAAGUACAAUAUUACACAUAGACCAUCUGUACGCAUAAGCUAAAUGACCAAGUUGGAGUCAAAUAGGGAAAACUAUUUCCCAUAUUGGGGAAUAAGCUGAAAAUGCAAUUUGUCUAUCUCAAUUAUACAAUACUGACUUCUGUCUUAUUUCAUUAUAACAAUAUAGAUUGAACAGUUGGGUGAGCAAAUGCCAAGUACUCAAAAAGUCAAGAUCAGUGGUGAUGGGGCUAAAAUGUCAAGGGUCACAAAUUUUGUAGUCUUGUCAUUUUCCCUUCUCUCUGAGGGGGAAAAGGUCAUGUCUGCCAAAGGUAAGUUGUUCUUAUAAUGCUAUUACCAUUGACAAGACCUUGGGGAUUUGUAUUUUCUUAAAGUUCACAGCAUAUUUUCCACCAGGGACUUGGGAAUUUGACAAUUCCCCACCCCAAGGCAAUGCCAAAAAAUAAUAUGAGAAACAUUAGCUCAUUGCAAUUUAUUCCAAACUUUCCUAAUAUAAAACUCACAAAAUAAUCCCCCUCCCUGGAAUCAAAUAUUGUAUUGUAUUGGCCUAGCCGUGGUGAGUGGAGGUAGUAACAGUAUUAAUUGACUCUAAUGCAUAAAGCAAAUUAACAUUAUCUAAAUCCACAUAAAAGUACAAAUAUAACACUGUGUAUCUACACAGUGUCAGGGGCAUCGGAGCUGCUAAAAGUAUAGCAAACAAGUUGGGGGAAUUAACAAAUUAGUUUCCUACCUUUCACCAAUUUAUGUUGUGUUCCCGUUGUGUUGAAUAUUUACCAAUUUAUUUGUUAUGUUCCUUAAAUGGGCCUUCUAAAGUCAUUUUGAAAUGGCUUAAUGUCACCCCAAGUAUUGGUUACAUUUUUUGUUUUAAUUUGUUUAUAAUCUUUUGUAAUACUACAUGUAAGAUACUGGCAAAAUGACUUCCGGUGGUUCCACCAAACUUAAGGUGGCAAAGCUGUUUCAAAAGAAGUUUUUGACAAGUUUGUUGUAUAUUUAUAUAUAUCUUAUGGAAUGAAGGUGUUCAUCCAGUUGGAAUACUUAGUGGAAAAGAGGAUUACAGUGUUCUACAAACUGCUGGGAAAGAUCUGUUUCAGGAAAUUAAUGAGCUGAUAGCUGCUGGAAAGAUAAAU